UAUUUUUAUAUAAUUUAUAUCAUUUGAAUAAAUUACACAAGGUGUGAUAUAACGAGGCUUCAUUAUUAAGAGUCUUGUAAAAAAAACAAACAAGAUGCCUGUCUCAUGUUCCACACAGUGUGGGAGGGAUGCCAUUUUAAAGAGGCCAAAAACUGGUGAUACGUUGUGCAAAGAAUGUUUCUUCUUUGCAUUUGAAACAGAGAUUCACGAUACUAUCGUCAAUGGUAAAUUGUUCAAGCCUGGUAACAAAGUUGCUAUCGGAGCAUCAGGUGGAAAGGACUCCACUGUACUCGCUUAUAUUUUAAAGACCCUGAAUGAGAGAUAUAAAUAUGGGUUGGAUUUGUUUCUCUUAUCCAUUGACGAAGGAAUUACUGGGUACAGAGACGACAGUUUAAAAACUGUUGCACAGAACAGAGAUGAUUAUGGCAUUCCGCUUAAAAUUUUGUCAUAUAAGGAAUUGUACGGGUGGACGAUGGAUUCCAUAGUUGCCGAGAUCGGUCGCAAAAAUAAUUGCACAUUUUGUGGUGUUUUUCGGAGACAAGCAUUAGACAGGGGCGCUGCACUUUUGAAGGUAGAUUGCAUCGCAACCGGUCAUAAUGCAGACGAUAUUGCGGAAACGGUGUUAAUGAACGUUUUGAGAGGUGACAUAGCUCGACUACAGAGAUGUACAUCCGUAAUCACUGCAGGUGCAGAUUCUAUCAUGCGCUGUAAGCCACUGAAGUACGCGUACGAAAAGGAGAUUGUUAUGUAUGCGUACUUUAAGCGACUGGUGUACUUCUCCACCGAGUGUGUGUAUGCCCCAAAUGCUUACAGAGGCCAUGCACGAGCCUUUCUGAAGGAUUUGGAAAAAAUAAGACCGUCAGCUAUCAUGGAUAUAAUACAUUCAGGUGAACAAUUGCAAGUGAAAGAUACCAUAAAAAUGCCCGAAAGAAGAAAUUGCAGUCGCUGUGGAUUUGUUUCGAGUCAAGAGAUAUGUAAAGCGUGCGUACUGCUGGAAGGUUUGAAUAGAGGAUUACCAAAACUCGGUAUUGGCAAAUCUAAUAAGGCUAAAAAGAUCAUGAGCUUAGAUAAAGAUGUAAGUAAGAGAAAUACACAGCAGAGUAUAGAUCCUUAAAAUUUUUAUAUGUAUCCAAAUACAGAAUAUAUGCAGAAAA